UUUUUUAAGGUUGGUUGAGUUGGUUGCUGUUAAAAAAUAAUUUUGGUUGAAGGGUCUGCGUUUUGCCUUUCCUUUGCUUUUUUGUGACGUUCGCCGCAGGCUCGUAGACCUUUUAAAUUGCUCACAAUAAAUAAAGCACAAGAGAAGGCAGAAGAAGCCUGCUCGAUUUUUUUCGAGUCAUUUGCGUAGCUGGUUACAUGUUCUUGAUUCGUGCCAAAACCAGGGAUCUAUGAAAUUAAGGCGAACAGGUAGCUAGCUAGGCACCGAAGUUAAGGUCCUUAAUGCUCUGGCAUCUGCCUGAGAGCAUGCAGGUGUCCGACAGAGAGGCCAUGUGGGGAUCCAGCGUUGGCACCCCAUGACCGUCCCUCUGCCUGCCACUCCCCCCGUCGAUUUAUCCCCGCUGCCUCCUGCCUUGGUUAUGCGGCCGUAGCAAACAUGAGCUCUGUGCUCUGGAGCCAAGAGAAACCAGCCGGGGGCUCGCGUUACUACAUGGUGGUAAAGGAAUGCACGGUGGAGAGGCCGUCGCAGAAGACGCUGAAAGUGCUCCGAGGCAGCAUCGGCCAGGCCUGCCCCGAGCGCAACAGCCUGGGCCGCACCCUGCCCCCCAGCAAAGGAAAGCGGAGCCUGCGUAUCCUGGACCUGGCCAACGUGGUGCUGGGCCUGGACGAGAAGGACGUGCAGGAGCUGGACGACCAGUUGGCUGAGCUGCUGUUCCCUGUCACCAACUGCGAGGAGCGCUACAGCUUGCUACGCAGCGAGGCACGCCUGGAGCAGGCGCGCGCCAUCGACUGCGGCUCCAAAGUGCAGGUGCAGCUGCGCCUGGGAGACCAGCCGCUGCCCGGUGUGGUUCGCUUCCGUGGGCCGCUCAUCCCCGAGAGGGUGCUGUCCGGAGUCUGCUUCGGAGUAGAGCUGCUGGAGCAGGGUCGGGGUCAGGGCUUCACGGACGGCUCAUACCAGGGCCAGCAGCUGUUCCGCUGUGAGGACGAGUGCGGCGUCUUCGUGGCCCUGGACAAGCUGGAGCUGUGGGAGGAUGAGGAGGAAGCGCCCCGAUCGCCGGACCCUCGGGAGCCUGACUUUCCAAUCAACUCGCGGGUGGUGGUGCAGACCCGGGAAGGCCCCGAGUCCGGCACCAUCAUCUUCUGUGGCCUGUUGCCUGGCAGCGAGAGCCUGGGAUGCUAUGUGGGCGUCGACAUGGACAACCCCAUCGGCGACUGGGACGGCUUCUUCAAGGGGAAGCUGCUGUGUAACUUCGCCAGCCGCGAGCACACCCGCCUCGUCUCCAUCUGCGACGUGAUGCGAGAGUCCUCAGUGCAAAACUCACGACACAACUUUGCAUCCAGAGGAAGUGGCAGCGACAAACCUCCGGCCUCACAGAAUAAAGGCUUAGGUCUGCAGUGUGGAAACAGGAGCAAGUCUGAGUUUUAUUAUACUUUUAAUGGCAGCUCUGUCGAUCAUCCCGUGCAGUCCAAAUCCAAAAGCACGUGGUAUAUUGACGAAGUUGGAGAAGACCCCGCCAAGUCCCUUACAGACACGCCAUCUGACUUCAGCCAGGUGUCCCCGCCCUCCCGGGCCACGCCUACCGGCUCACUGUCCAGCGACAACAAGUUCCACUCGCUGCCCUUCUACCCAAGCAGGAAGUGCGGCCCCAACGGCGGCAUGACCAGCAGCCCCAUUUCAUUGUCCGUGCAGUCUGUGGCCGCAGAACAGCACGAGCCUGCCCCCCAACCUGCACCCACGCCCACACCUCCAGGCCCGCCCGGCAACCAGUACGGCCUGGAGGUCGGCUCCCUGGUGGAGGUGAAGGAGAGCCCCCCUCUGUGUGGGGUUAUUCGCUGGGUGGGCCAGCCCCCGGGGCUGUCAGAGCCUCUAGCUGGCCUGGAGCUGGAGGAGGAGUGCAUGGGCUGCACAGACGGCACCUUCAAAGGCACCCGCUACUUCAGCUGUCCGCCAAAGAAGGCGCUGUUCGUCAAGCUGCGCUGCUGCCGGCCAGACUCCCGCUUCUCAUCGCUGCACAACCCCCCCAACCCCAUCGAACGCUGCAACUCCAUCGCGUUCGGGUCCUACUUGAGUGAGGUGGUGCAUGAAAACACACCUCCACGCACGGAGAACGAAGGCCUGGAGAUUAUGGUGGGCAAGAAGAAGGGCAUCCAGGGUCACUACAACUCCUGCUAUCUGGACUCCACCCUUUUCUGCCUCUUCUCAUUCAGCUCGGUUCUGGACACGGUCCUGCUGCGGCCGCGGGCCAAGACGGACGUGGAGUACUACAAGGAGACUCAGGAGCUUCUGCGCACGGAGAUCGUCAACCCACUGCGCAUCCACGGGUACGUGUGUGCCACCAAGGUGAUGAAGCUGAGGAGAAUUCUGGAGAAGGUGGAAGCUGCCUCUGGGUUCACGUCUGAGGAGAAAGACCCUGAGGAGUUCCUCAACAUCCUGUUCUACCAUAUACUAAGGGUUGACCCCUUACUGAAACUCAGAUCUGCAGGACAGAAAGUCCAGGACUGUUAUUUCUAUCAGAUCUUCAUGGAUAAGAAGGAGAAGGUGGGGGUACCCACCAUCCAGCAACUCCUGGAAUGGUCCUUCAUCAAUAGUGAUCUCAAGUUCGCGGAGGCGCCUUCCUGCCUUAUCAUUCAAAUGCCUCGUUUCGGAAAGGACUUCAAGAUGUUCAACAAGAUCUUCCCGUCUCUGGAGCUGGACAUCACCGAUCUGCUGGAGGACACUCCCAGGGAGUGCCGCAUCUGUGGAGGCCUGGCCUACUUCGAGUGCCGCGAGUGCUACGAGGACACUGACAUCACGGCGGGCAAGAUCAAGCAGUUCUGCGAGACGUGCAACACACAGGUCCACCUGCACCCCCGGCGGAAGGCCCACCGGCAUGGCCGGCUCUCAGUGCCGCGGGAGCUGCAGGAGGGCGUUCGCCGGCAGGGCAUCUUCCCCCGCCAGCGCAUGCAGCUCUUCGCCGUGCUGUGCAUCGAAACCAGCCACUACGUGGCCUUCGUCAAAUACGGCGCCGACGAAUCCGCCUGGCUCUUCUUCGACAGCAUGGCGGAUAGAGACGGUGGACAGAAUGGCUUCAACAUUCCCCAGGUGUCUCCAUGCCCAGAGGUGGGCGCCUACCUGAAGAUGACCCCCGAGGAGCUGCACGAGCUGGACCCCAAGAGCAUCCAGGGAUUCGCCCGCCGUCUGCUUUGUGACGCCUACAUGUGUAUGUACCAGAGUCCCACCAUGAGUCUCUACAAGUAGGCCAGGCCAGGCCCAGAGCUUCUGUGGACGGACGGUAGGGGGGGGCAGACACGGGGCCUCGGCCACUCCCUUUGCCCAAUUUCUACACCCAGGUCUACGACGUGAAAAGGGAAAGAACAAAAACCCUGUUGCACUGUGCAUUUGUCCAAGUUUUUGUCGAUCCAUGUCUCUUCUAGUGGUAGAGAGGGGUGUGUGUGUGUGCGUGUGUGUGUGUGUGCGUGCGUGAGUGCAUGUGUGCUCAAGUGCACAUGUUUGUGACUUGAAGCGGAAGCCACUUGUUGGCGUCCGACACAACGGAAGAGUGAAAAGACUCACCAUAUAAUCAGGAGCGGACUCUCUGUCCCUGGCUUUACAUCAGGGCUUCAUGUGACUUUGUUGCUUUAAAAAAAAUAAAAUAAAAAAGUGUGUGUGUGUAUAUAUGU